AUGAAUUAAACUUCAUUGACAGCAGCAGCCACUGCUACCAAGUAGAAGUAGAUGGCUCCCUCUACGGAUCUCAUGAGAUCCUUCAAGGCUACCACUAAUUUGGCUUUAGGUCUCACGAAGGAGAGAAUGAAGAUCCAGCAUGAUUUACAAAAGAUUUCGCAUGGCAAGGAGCAAUUAGAGGAAUUGAAAAAGAUGAAGAAGGUGAAGGAGCCAUUCCUUACCGCAGAGGAGAAGGCCUCUAAGUAAAAUAAAUAAGAAAUCAAGGGAACUGGUUUUAAUCUGCAGAUGUUUUAAUCCGAAAAGGGAUAGAUCAUGAUUGAGAACCAAAGAGACUCUAGGCGUCAAAGACAUCUCGAAGCACUAAAGGAGUGUGAGAAAUUCGUAGAGCAAUUUUAUGAUAAUUUCGCUGAAAGAAAGAAUGAGAUCCGUGAAAGAGUCAAAGUGUUUUUCGCAGGGUCAGACGUAGAGAUUGGCAGAAUAAUGGGCGGACUCACUGAUGACUUGCUUCUAGCUAAUGAAAUUAACUAUGUUAAUGGAUAGUGGGAGAAAGUAUCGCAACAUAGAAAUGCUAGAAAGGAAGAACUUUAGCACUUAAGAGCAAGUUUUGAUGAUUUAAGACAGUUCCAGAAGAAGGGGUCUGGUGGUUAUCUCGACAAUAUGAGAGCUAAUCUAGUCAAUAUAGCCUUUUUCCUAGAACCAGAGGUCGAUCAACUUAUCAAGGAAUGGGUAACCAAGGAAAAUGACAGAUACAACAGUGAGCAUCUCUCUAAUGACUAAUUUUAUGAGGAUUUAGCACUCUAAGAAAAAGAGAAAUUCGACACUCUGUACUAAUAAUGGAAAGAUAAGGUGGUGAGAUUUCACUUGUUGAAGCAGGAAAACGCAAUUGAAUAGUUCAUUGAGAGAUUAGAGUCUAAGGAAUUUGUAAAUCCUGACUCUAGAGUGCAGAUCUUCACAAACCUAAAACAGAAGCAAUAUCAAGUGUUUAACUUGAGAAUGGAUCUGAUAUCACAAUUAGAUAACACUAAAUCAGUUGGCAUGACCAAGGAUUUCGUCAAUUCCAUUGAUGAUAGGCUUAAAGCAAUAAAUGAUGAUGCUCAAUCUGCUUUCGAUGAUUUGGUCCAGAAACUUAACAAGGACAUGGAAAAUACGAAUGAGGAUCUCGAUAUUGCACUUUAUGAUCUCAAGGAUUUCUUAUCCAAAAAUGAUGCCUAACUUGAAGAGGGCUAGACCUUUGAGGGCAUUAUAGCUGAUAAAGCUACUCCAACACUAGAAAGAAGAAAAUUAGAGGGUAAGACUCUCAUUCUUAAUGCAGUUAAGUAUCUUGAUGAUUACGACUUCAAAAUGAAUGAAACUUGCACUAACAUUGUGAACUUCUUCAGAGAGCUGGCAACUAAGAUCGAUGCAAACAAAGACAAGCUCAAGCAAACUGAAAUUAAUUUCCAAGUGACACUUGCUUCAUGUGGUGAUCAGAGUGAUGAGAUCAUUUAAUAGCAAGAGGAUGAUUUGGAUGCUAAAGUUGAGCAAAUGAGAAGAGCUAUUCAUCACGUUGAACUGAAUGAAAAAUUGCAACAGUGCUUCGAUAUGCUAGAUUAGAUAACAAGAUCUUACAGAAAUUACAAUGCAGACUAUAUUAAACUAGUUGAAGCUCACCCACAAAGCAUGAAUGUAUUCUUUAACGACUUUGAGAAAGAUUGUAUGACUGUGUUCAGGAUGUAAGAUGAAUCAAAGAGAGCUGAGAUUUAAGUAUUAUUCCAAAAGGAGACAGAAGAGAGAUAAAAAAAACUAGAAGAAGAAGCACUGAAGAAAUUAGAGGAAGAAAAGAAAUAGGAGGAGGCUAAAAGAGCUGAAGAUGAAAAGACUAAACCAGCUGCAGCUAAAGGAAAAGCACCACCCCCUCAAAAGAAAGGUAAGGAACCAGACAAGCCAGUACUAAACGUUCCUUAGUUACAAGUACCAUAAAUUUAGGAAUAUAAUUCAGUCAAUGGCAAUAAAUAUCUAAUUGAAAGGACACUUGAUGAAAUCACAACAAAGAUCAUGGAUGUAAACUAGGAAACCCAGACUGAUUAGCCAAAUUAGCAAGAUGGUGGAGAGCAUGCUAAUCCAAAUCAACCGGUUGCUUAGCCAAACUCUCAACUUUCUUAUAUGGGAGAGCAAUCAACAGAAAAAGAACCAGUUAAUCAAGAGUCUAAAUUUAGAGACAAUGAUUAUUAAAUUAAAGCUAACAUGAAUCCACCUCAAGAUCCUGAUGGAAAUGAUACACUUAACAGAGAUCUGCUAAUAAAUAAAAAUGAGAUUAUAAGAAUACUUUAAUCUGCAAGAGACAAAUGCUUCGAAUGGCUUGGCCAAGAAAAAUCAAACUACUAAAAGAAAGUUUAAAGAGAGAGUAAGGAUCUGAUUGAUAAGAAUGUGGAUGAGUUGGAUGAAAAUCUAAGAAAGCAAUGGCCGAGAAAGGGAAGACUUGAAGUUGAAGUAUAUCAAGAAAGAAAAGCUUAAAUCACUGCCCAUAAUAAAAAAUAUGAGAGGCAAGUUAGGAGCUGCCUGGAAAAGUAUAACCUUCUCGAGGAACAGUGGGAAUAUGUAGUUGAAACUAUAGAAAAAGAGUUCGCUAAUUAUCAAGUAUAGUAAGAUAGACUCAGAGGUGCUCUACCUGAUGGUAAAAACCUUGCUGAACUAUAAGGAGUAUCUAGAAAAGAGAAAGAUUCCUGCCAAACUUUUGAAGAGAAAUGUAGGGAGUAUCAAGAUAAAUUAUAUGACAUUGCAGUUACAUAACCAGAUAUUCUAAUUCUGUAGAACAAAGAAAUGUUAGACUCUUGCGUGCUUUUUGAAAAAAGAGGUAACUACUCAAGACCAGAGGUUGAGUGGUAUAGAGGAUAGAUGAAGGAGAUUGAUAACAUGAUCAAGUAAUCUAAAGCUGACAGAGAUGCAAAACUAAAAGAUGUUCACUCAAGAAUGGAGAAAUUGAUGAAGGAACCAUUGGAUAAAUUUGAAAAAGAUUACAAAGGCAGCAUUCAUAAUCUUAGUGCUAAAGAAGGUCUAGGUAAAACUUAUGGUCAGCCAAGAAGACUUGCAUAAGAGAGACUAAGAAGUGAAAUGACUAAAUGUGAAACAGCUCAAAAGGGUAUUGAGCAAUUAAUUGAGAAACUUAUGUAAUUGUGUGCCAGAUCAAAGUCAGACUAUUCUGAUAACUUUGAUUACAAUAAGGAAAAGCAAAGUCUUACAGUUGAGAUUAGAAUCAAUUUAGUUUCUCUGAUAAGAUGCAUGAUUCAUUAUGGUGUGCACUUAGCUGGAUUUAUUAAAGAGCCAAAAUAAGUUCCAAGGUUAACCUAUAUUGAAAAGUAAGCUGAAGUCGAACUUACUGCUUCUGAACAAGGUCAAGUAGAUGAGAAACGUAGAGAUGAGGAGUUAGAACAUCUUGGAACUCUAGGGUUCAAAAAUGCAGCAUAGUUAAAAUUCCCAGAAAUGUGCUAGCAGAUAGAAAAGCAAUCAAAAGAUUUAUGCGUUAAAUUGUACACUGGAGAGAAUGCCAAAUACUUAGUAGGACCGGAGAAGAUUCCUGAAUAUCUAACCUCCUUCUUUGAGGGUAUGAGAUCAUAAGCAGAGGGAUUUAGAUUAGGAUCUGUAAGGUAGCUUAGAGAGUCUGCUCAAAAGUUGGUUGAAUUUUCCUAAGAAGUGCCAACAGCAGUCUUUGGAUAUCUAUAUAGAAAAUAUACAACAAUCAUUUAAAAAGAACUAGGUGUAGAAGACAAAAAGUUUAGAACAAUCAAGAAGAACGACGAUGAAACUAAAGAAAAAAAUCUUAAGUUAUUCAGGCCAAAUCUAGAAAAUCCAGCAAAUAAGUCUUUAACACUGGAGUUGAAUCAGAAGGAGCAAGAAAGGACUGAGUAGUUUAAAGAAAUAAUAGAUGAGACUCAGCUUAAGAUGCUUGAUGUGGAGCAAGAUAUUUCAAUUGACUUCCAUAAUGCCUAUUUGAACAACAUGAGGGCAGUUCUUAAGAUAUUUGACUGCUUGCUCUAUAAAGAAGACUUUAUACUUCUGCCUGGUGAUGAAAUUGUUGAAAAGAAGCACUAAAAUAUAAAAAUGCUUACUGCUUAAGCCUAGAAAUAGGAUUUAUCGAAAAGAUCUACUAGGAAAUGGCCAGGAUUAGGGCCAUCUAUCUUUGAGAUUGAUUUUGCCUCUCUGUUUGAUCACUAUAAAGACCUUAAAGCUGAAGAAAUUCCAGUAUAAUAGCAACCGCCUCCUCAAGCGAAUUAAAAAGGUGUAGAUCCAAAUCUGAUUUAGCAGGACCCAAAUAAAAAUGAGAUAGCAACAGAGAUAGACAUUCCAAACACAGAACAUCACAAAAUGAUAAUAAAAGCUAGAAAUGAAAACUAUCAGCAGUUCAAAUAAAGGUUUGAAAGCAGUAUUUAGCAAUUGAUGCAAAAAUUCGAUGGACUUAGAAAGGAGGAACUUAGAUUUAACUCCUAUUGGGCUCAAAAUCUAAAGGAAAUUACACAAAAGCAUAUAUGA